GUUUUCCACCAGUGUAUUAUACCCUUUUUGCUCUGAUGAAUGAAAGAGACCGGUGUUGGUAUCCUCCAAACCAUGUCUUUGACAUUGAUGACUCUGCAGAUGUAGCCACCAUUUUUCGACUAAGAUUCUACUUUCCACAUUGGUACAGUCCUGGAAAUAAUAGAGCCUAUCGUUAUGGAGUUGCCAAGGGUGCAGAGAGUCCCUUUAUUGAUGAUACCAUCAUGACAUACCUUUUUGCUCAGUGGCGUGAUGACUUCAUUAAUGGAUGGAUAAAAAUACCAGUUACACACGAAACACAAGAGGAAUGCCUUGGUAUGGCCGUGCUUGAUAUAAUGAGAAUAGCCAAGGAAAAGGACCAGUCACCUUUGGACAUCUAUCGCUCAACUAGUUACAAAUCGUUCUUGCCGAAAAAUAUUCGUCUACAGAUCCAAAAUUACCACUUUGUAACAAGGAAGCGGAUCCGAUUCCGAUUUUACCAGUUUAUCCGGCAAUUCAGCCAGUGCAAUGCAAGUGCCCGAGAUUUGAAGUUGAAAUAUUUGAUUAACAUGGAAACUCUUCAGCCUGCCUUUUUCUCGGAGUAUUUUGAAGUGAAGGAGCCAGUACAAGGACCUUCAGGAGAAGAUGUGUUUACAACGAUUGUUGUAACUGGAAACGGAGGCAUUCAGUGGAUGAAGGGAAAAUGUAAAGACAUCGAUUCUCAACCUGAUCAGGAGCUGCAGCCUUAUUGUGAUUUCCCCGAAAUCAUCAACGUUAGCAUCAAGCAAGCAAGCAAGGAUGGCUCCUCCGAGGGGAGAAUAGUCACCAUAAACAAACAGGACAGCAAGACCUUGGAAGUUGAGUUUCCGUCCUUGAAAGAAGGCUUCUCGUUUGUCUCACUAAUCGAUGGAUACUAUAGGCUAACUGCGGACGCUCACCACUUUCUCUGCAAAGAGGUUGCACCUCCUAGAUUGUUGGAAAACAUCCAGAGCAAUUGCCAUGGACCCAUCUCGAUGGACUUUGCUGUGAAUAAACUCAGGAAGGCAGGAAAUCAGAAAGGCUAUUUCAUUCUUCGAUGUAGUCCUAAAGAGUUCAAUAAAUACUUUCUCACUGUCGCUAUUGAGAAGGACAGUGUGAUUGAAUGCAGGCAUUGCCUGAUUACCAAGAAUGAGAACAAUGAAUACAAUCUGAAUGGAGCAAAGAAGACUUUCAGCAGCCUCAAAGAGUUGUUGAACUGCUACAAAAAAGAAACUGUCCGAUCUGAUGGUGUUUUGUUCCAGUUUAGCAAAUGCUGUCCACCAAAGCCCAAAGAUAAAUCUAAUCUUCUGGUCUUGAGAAGUAACAGUGCAUCUGAUGUGCCAACAUCCCCGACACUGCAGAGGCACAAUGUCUGCCAAAUGGUUUUUCACAAAAUCAAGAAAGAAGAUUUGGUUUUUGGCGAAAGUCUCGGGCAAGGAACAUUCACCAAAAUCUUCAAAGGAGUACGGAAAGAAGUGGGAGACUAUGACCAAAGACACGAGACGGAGGUUCUACUAAAGGUCCUAGAAAAAGCACACAGAAAUUACUCUGAGUCCUUCUUUGAGGCAGCAAGUAUGAUGAGCCAACUGUCCUAUAAGCACUUAGUGUUGAAUUAUGGAGUCUGCGUGUGUGGUGAAGAGAAUAUCAUGGUUCAGGAGUAUGUGAAGUUUGGAUCAUUGGACACGUAUCUGAAGAGAAACAAAAACAUUGUGAACAUCCUGUGGAAACUGGAGGUGGCAAAACAACUGGCUUGGGCAAUGCACUUCUUAGAAGACCGAAACCUUGUCCAUGGAAAUGUAUGUGCCAAGAAUGUCCUGAUGAUCAGGGAAGAGGACAGGAAGACUGGAAACCCUCCAUUCAUAAAGCUUGCUGAUCCUGGAGUCGGUAUGAUGGUUCUACCAAAAGAUGUUCUCAUUGAACGGAUUCCCUGGGUGCCACCAGAAUGCAUUGAGGAUCCCAAGAAUUUGAGCCUGGCAACAGACAAAUGGAGUUUUGGUGCCACUUUGUGGGAGAUUUGCAGUGGUGGAGAUAAACCAUUGGGUCCAUUUGACUCCACGAGGAAAAUGCAAUUUUAUGAAGAUAAGCAUCAACUUCCUGCACCCAAGUGGCUAGAGCUGGCCAAUCUCAUCAAUCUCUGCAUGAAUUAUGAUCCAGACUUCAGGCCUUCAUUUCGUGUCAUAAUACGUGACUUGAACAGCCUUUUUACCCCAGAUUAUGAGUUAUUGGCUGAAAGCGACCUACUCCCGAACAUGCGAGGUGGUGGGCUUGGCUUCCUGGGAGCUGGUACAAACAAUGAUGUUGGGCAGUUUGAGGAACGGCAUCUCAUAUUUUUGCAACAGUUGGGCAAGGGUAACUUUGGCAGUGUUGAGCUGUGCCGGUAUGACCCACUCCAGGACAGCACAGGCGAUGUGGUGGCCGUGAAGAAGCUACAACAGAGCACCGCAGAACACUUGCGUGACUUUGAAAGAGAAAUUGAGAUCCUCAAGUCCCUUCAACACGACAACAUUGUCAAGUAUAAAGGAGUGUGCUACAGUGCUGGACGACGAAACUUGCGAUUAAUAAUGGAGUACCUACCUCACGGCAGCUUGCGUGACUAUUUACAGAAGAAUAAAGACAGGAUUGAUCACAAGAAGUUGCUUGUCUAUGCUUCUCAGAUCUGCAAGGGAAUGGAGUAUCUAGGAACCAAGCGAUAUAUACACCGAGACCUGGCAACACGGAACAUUCUUGUAGAAAAUGAGAACAGGGUGAAAAUUGGUGAUUUUGGCUUGACCAAAGUCUUGCCGCAAGACAAGGAAUAUUACAAGGUGAAAGAGCCAGGAGAAAGUCCAAUCUUUUGGUAUGCAUUGGAGUCUCUGAUGGAAAACAAAUUUUCGGUGGCUUCAGAUGUUUGGAGCUUUGGAGUGGUGCUGUAUGAGCUUUUCACAUACAGCGAGAAGACCAAAAGUCCACCGUCGGAAUUCAUGCGCAUGAUCGGCAGCGAUAAGCAAGGACAGAUGAUUGUCUUCCAUUUGAUCGAGCUACUUAAAGCGGGUAGACGACUGCCAAAUCCAGAUGGGUGUUCUGACACGAUGUAUUCAACAAUGAUGGAAUGCUGGAACACUGUAUCAACUCAGCGCCCAACUUUUAAAGAGCUUGCUCAGAAAGUGGACUCCAUGAAGGAUCCUAUGGGAGGAUGAGUUUGCAGAAACUUCAACCGGGAUGCUCUGAAGUCCCAGCACAAUUGCUGCUUUUCCAGUCUGAUUCUGGCACUACCCACUCUUGGGCACCAUGCCAACUCAAGGGACUGAUUACUGUCUCAUCAUCUUCAUUCAAGCAAGGAUCACUUAGGACUUCUUUCUCACUCUGGGGAAUGUCAGUCCUUUCGUAAUGACGUUGCAGUUCACCAGGACAGGCUGGUAAAUUAUUGGUGUUGUAACUGCGAUAUAAUUUGCCCACUUCAGGUCUGGUAACGUGGGUUUAAUGUUACAGCUGUUUAUAACAGUAGGAGUUAACUAUGUGGUGAUGAAACUUCCUGUACAGCGAUGCUUGGAGUUUAUCAUUGUCAUAAUCAUCAGAGGGCCUUCAGUGGUGAAUGUUAAACAUUGUGUUAUUUGUGCUGCUUGCACAUGAACUGGUUAAAGAAAAAGGCUCUGAUUUUGAAUUUGCCCGUUGUAACCUAAAACUGUGCUAAUAGUAAUUCCGGCAAAGAUUGGAGAACAAUUUCACUGUGUUACAUAGGAUCUUAUUUACACUUGUCAUAGACUAGAUUUCAAACAGCGUUGACAAGAAUGUAGAUGAGUUCCAUGAUAUGAUAUGAUAUGAUAUGAUAUUUGUAAUAUAUGUUAAUUUGGCUAUAUUAACUACAAAAGGAAAAGAUCAAUAUCUGAAAUUGAAAAUUUUCAUGAAUCAGCUAUGCUGUGGUGUGAGUAUUGUGAUGCAUUAAAUGGUGAUGUAGGAAGUAUGUGUUCCUGCACAAUAUUGUAGAUGUUGGACUGGUCAUAAAUUCCUCAAGGAUUUGCUUGUGGUGCACAAAUUUGGAAAUUGUAGCUUCAUAAUAUCUUGAAGAAACUACAUGAGGGAAUAAUUGUUUGGUACAUGAUCCAGAAUACUCAACAAUGCAUAGUUUGUAGUGACACUUAAUCUGCCUUAUGUUAUCCAUUUGUUAUUGUUUUUAACAUUUGGAUUAAUGGUGAAGGAGAAAUAUGUUGAACACCGUUUGCUUAGGUUAAUUAUAAGAAGAAAAGCUCAGGGAUGUUUUAUGCUUUUUUUUAAAACAAAGAAACAAAAUGAUCGAUACAGGAUUAGUUGUUUCAUCCACAAAUUAGUUAACUUACAUACAUUAAUACAGUAGGAGCUCAUGCCAAAGGAUCUUUUGAGUUCUGCCACCUCCACCACCUUGUAGAGACACAGGGGGGAAUAACAAAUACAGUCUUGUCACCUUGUGCCCAUCCCAAGGAUUCUUCUUUUUUCAGAAGUCAUGCAAACAUAGUCCUUACUCCACAAUAGAAAAUCAUUCAUUAGCUACGCAAGCAGCACGACCAAAACGUAAAUAUAAAGUGACCAACAUCUUAUUCUCCUUCUUUAUUAUUUUAAUUUUUUACAGACUCUUAAGUUUACUUCCAUCUGUACAAUACCAGUUUAUACUCAGAACUCUAAGCAGGGAAAGCAGUGUCCUAAUGAUAUCCUCACUCGAUUACUGAUCGAGAUAUCCAAGUAAUGUUCUGGGGACAUGGGUUUGAAUUAUACCAUGGCAGAUGGUGGAAUAUGAAUGCAAUAGAAAUCUGGAAUUAAGAGUCUAAUGAUGACCAUGGAUUUGUUGUUAAAAACCCAGCCGGUUCAUUACUGUCCUAUAGGGAAGGAAACUGUGGUCCUUAUCUGGUCUUGCCUACACGUGACUCCAAAUCCAUGGCAAUGUGAUUGGCCCUUGACAGCUCUCUGGGCAAUUCAGGAUGGGCAAUAAAGUUCUGGCCUGGCCAGAGACACCCACAUCCAAUGAAUGAAACACAAGUUAUCAGUGAUGCAGUGUUUGCAUAACAGCAGCUGAAAUUGUGCACUUGGGAACACGGUAUUUUCUGUGAAUGAGCUACACCACACAGGCACAGUACUAGCUGAAAACCCACAUUAAGUAGUUCCAUUUAUUAACAGUUAGAGUUAUCCAGCUGAUGAUCAUAAAUGUAAGCUGUGUGUGUUUCUGUGUUCAUUCCUCUAUUUUGGUUACAAUGCACAGAUUGCAGCACUUCAUCCACCACAUGUGAAGCAUGUAAAGUGUUGUAGCAGAAUUGGUCUGGUAUUGAUUGGGAGGAGAAUAGUCAAACACAAGUAUAGAGUGUAGCAUUCUAAUGUCAGCACUAUGUAUUUCAUAGAGCUGUUUUACUUCUGCUUCCCGUUCUGUGUGGUAUUCCAGCUUUUGAGUAUGAGUUUUGGAAAGGCCACUUCUAGGGUGGAGGCUUAUGAUCCAUAGGCAGUAAUCAUGGUACUACCUUUACCAGUACACCUCUGUUCCCAGCAAAAUUACUCAGAACCAUGUUCCGUUAAACAAUAUGUACCAUUGCUGGAGCUAUUAUUAAGUGUUUUAGCUAGGAUUUCACAUUGAUUCAUGUUAUGCUCAUCAAGUUUUCUUGCAAUAUUCACUGCACAGUGAGAAGUCUGGAAGUAUUCUCAUUGGAAUCCAUAGCUGAGGAACAUUUUGAGGCAAUGAAUGCAGUGUAGCAGAUUAGACGUUGUUCAUGCUAUAAAGCAUAUUGGCUUAAGUGCAACUUCUGCAUUGCACUGAUACCAAACCACUGAAUAAACCAACAGUGAGUGUUGUAACUCCUCGGGAAUUGCAAGUAAUUCAUGAAGCAGACAAGACAAAGCCAGAAGAUACUUUCUGUAGGGCUAGGCUAAAUCUAUUCACUUCACUUCUGACAUAUGCAUCCUCAGAAAUCACCUUCCUCCUUGCAUCUUCCUUUAGUGCACACUUUUUUGAAUUUAUUUUUCCAUGAAUUACUAAAAACAAAUAGCAAACUAAUCAACAAUGGACUGUGUACUUAAAUUUGUCUACAAACUUUUGACAACUUUAGAUUGAAAAGUUCUUUACUGUUACCUGAAUAAAGAAAAAAAAUGUGAGAAUGAGACUGUCAGGGUUAAAAUAGGGGAAAAGUAAAGCGCAGACAUACACUUUCAUAAUUGGUGCGCCCACUAAAGCCAUUGUGUCACAUUAUUUAUUUUUUUAAAAAUUAAUUCAUGGAUGAAUGUCAAUGUCACUGGUAGGAUCAAUGUUUGUUAACUUAAGGACAGUUAGAGAUGGUAAUUGCCAUUAGUCUAUAGUUAAACCUCCACUGCCUGUUCAGAAUGAUUGUAUUUAAAGUGCUGUUCUGUGUUGAACUGUCAUGUUGCUUUAUAGUUAGUAAGGAGCCAGCUGGCCAUUUCAUACCUGCAAUGCAUUCCAUAUUUGGAAUGUUUCACACCUACUUUGGAACUGAAGUCAGAUCUUCAUGCAUUACUUUAUAUAAUGGAAGCUUUAGUAUUGCACAUUGAUAUAUAACAGUCUGAAUUUAUACAACACCUUUAUUAACAUACACAGUUCCAAAAUGCUUCACAAGUAUAUCUGCAAACAAAAAUUUGUCUCCAUAUUUUGGACAUGCAAUCAAAAAACUGAUCAAAGAGGUGGGUUUCAUGCCGCAUCUUAAAGGAUGAAAGUGAGCUGGAGAGCUUCAGAGAGGGGUUUCAAAGUUUCAAGUCUAGAUGAUUGGUGAGUCACCCAAACAGAUUUUUGUAGUUUAGUCUCUUUUAGUUGGCCGUGGGAAGACCAUUGCCUGAUGUAGGCUACAUCUACAUAAUUCAGUGCAUCAAAUUUCUGUCACUCCAAAAUGUGUGUUGUGCUUUCAUCAUAACCGGUUGCUAUUCAUCUCGCAACCUAGCAGCGGAAAUGUACUUACGUCAGCAUACAUCGUUUAAUGCAACCAAGAAGGAUUCAAGAGUAAGGUAGUCCUUUCUGUUGGAAAUACUGGUUUGAUAUGAGCUGAAGGAUUUCUGGUAGAUUAAUAGGAAGGGUGGGGAGUAUGUUUGUUUGUUUGUUUGAGAUUAUUAUUAUGAUCACAAAAUAUUAGUCAGUAUAAAUUGGCAAACACCAUUUGCAAUGAAACUUGAAAAUGAUCUGAUGCAGUGUCUUCAGAUGGUAUAUGAUGGUGUGAUUUCAAUCAGGAGCGAUUCAAGCUUCAUUUUAGAUUAUCCACAGACCAGAAUUUUAAGCGUGAUGUAGGAUUUGCUGCCAGGUUUAUAAUGUACAAUAAUCAUGUUAGAGUGGAAAAAUGAAAGUGACAUGGGGGUAGGGGCACAGUGGCUCAGUGGCUAACACUGCUGUCUCAUGGAGCCAGGGGCUUGAUGGGCUGAAUGGCCUACUUCCAUACUAGAGGGAUUCUAUAAGUAAAGGUAUAUCUUUUAAUUUUCAACAUAAAUGUUAACAGGUUGUGAAUUAUUAUAAGAUGUUUGCUUACUGAAGCGUUGUCAUAUUCUAACUACAAGUAUGCUUUUACUAAAAGAAAAUCUUGUACUUUGAAUGGCAUUGUUUCUUCAGAUAUUUGCAAGUACUUUUUUUUAUUCAUUCUUGGGAUGAGGUCAUCGCUGUCUAGGCCAACAUUUAUUGCCUAUUCCUAAUUGCUCAAGGGCAGCUAAGAGUCAACCACAUUACUGAGAGUCUGGAGUCACAUGAAGGCCAGACCAGGUGAGGAUGGCAGUUUCCUUCUCUUAAAGACAUUAGUGAACCAGAUGGGUUUUUCCCACAAUUAACAUGGAUAUGCGGUUAUCAUUACACAAUUAAUUUCAGAUUAAUUUUUAAUGAAUUCAAAUUCCAUCAUCUACUGAGAGUGAUAACUUUAUUUAUACUUGGUAAUAAUUUAGGCAACAGAACAUCCAUCAUCACCAGACAAGCAUUAGAAUACAAAAUGUACAUGGCAGAAAUCCAUAGUGAUCUAGAAUCCUUGGAGUACUACUAGGAGAUGUAUAUCCAUUGAUUAAGAUUGAUGUUUUUCUAGCUGAUCCUUAAAAGAAAGUAUUGUCUAGCACCGAUCAUAACUACAUAGGAGGUGCCAAUUAAUAACAAUGUUUAACAUUUUGGACAACUAACUGAAUCUAAGAACAGUUUACCUUAUAACCUUGGAAUUACAGUCCUAUGUUCUUCAAAUGAAACUUUGUCAAAUUCAAAUCUAAUUUCUCAAACAAGUGCAGUGAUAACGUUGUGAGAUUGUACUUGGACUAGUAAUGCAGAAACCCAACUAUCGUUCUGGUGACCUAGGUCUGAAUCCUAUCAUGGCAAAUGGUAGAAAAUUAAUUCCAUAAACCACUGGAAUUAAAAUGAAACCUUUGCUAUAAAAUCCCAUCUGGUUCACCAAUGGCCUUUAGGGAAGGAAAUCUGCCAUACUUGCCUGGUCUGUCCUACAUGUAAUUCUAGACCCAGAGCAAUGUCGGUGGCUCUUAACUGCCCUCUGGGAAACUAGGGAUGGACAAUAAAUGGUGACCUAGCCAGUGAUGCCCACAUCCUAUGAACAAUAAAAGAUAUUCCUAACACAGUCGUUCCAUUCCAGGUAGUUACAUUAAUGCCCAUGGAAUUCUACCACGGGUUUCUCCAAAGUGUUCUAGAGCAAUGCACUGCCAUUUAGAGAAAAGAUUGACAUGAUGUACUAUUGAAGAGGUAAAGCAUUAGCAUUAUUUAGCCUCAGACCAAAGCUAUUGACAGAACCUAGUUUCUUAAAUCACUUGUAAAUGUAUUAUGGUUCUUGGUCAUCUUUUGACUCAACUGAGGGGUUCUCAGGCUUGUGUGCACACUUCACAUGAAAGAGAUGCUUCACUUGUUAUGCACUUCAGUUCAGUUCAUGGGCACACAAUAACUGGUUCUCCACUAGGGCAGUGGCUGAAUCAAAAUACACCUUGAUCUCCUCCAUGCUUUUCAAGGGCAUUAAAAAUCUUGAUGCAUUCAGUUCUAAGUUUCUUAUCUUGCAAAUGCAUUAAAUCUUGUCAUGCAAAAGGCCCAAUGGCCUCCUUCCAGACUGUAAAUUUUAGAUGAUUAGCUAUUCAUUGAUGAAUGAGUCCUUAUUUUGCUUUCAUCGUUAUACAUUUUUUUUAAUUGAUUAAUGUUCUUGACAUCACUAUUUCCUUGGUUUACAGUGGGCCUCAUUUGCAAUGAAUGCCUUCAAGAGUAUCUGCUUCCUUUUACAUGCCUUGUUCUUGUUUAUUCUUGCAAUUCCAUCUCUCUCUGUAAGCCAAUUUCACACAAGCAGCAAGUAUUCUCAUAUGUAGUGGAGUUGUUCUUGCAAAAUCUCAUUAUCUGAAAGGUGAUUUCAUUCUUAUUUCUAACCUGUUUUCCAUUGCUAAGAUUCUAAUCUGUUUGUGUUAUCAACAAAUUAUCAAUAACUCCCCUGUAAACUUUACUUUCUCCUUGCUGGUGAGUGCCAAAUACCAUUCGAUACACAGGUAUGCUUCUUAUGUUGAAAUUGUAUUGCAUUACAGAGUCUCAAGGGGCUUAAGUGACAAGAUCAGGUUGUAUUAGCUUGCAAUCCUUAGAUCAUAGAAUAUUGUGGGGUGAACUGAAUGAAGUGUUUAAGGUGCUGAAAGGAUUUCGUAGUGUAAGUACAGAAAAACUAUUUUCUCUGUUGCAGGAAGUGAGAUCAGGAGGAUAUAAUCUUAAAAUUAGAACUAGGCCAUUUAGGAGGAAAAUCAAACUUUUUUUUUAUUCAUGGCGUUGCAAUAGAAAUCUGGACUCCUCUCCCCAUAAGCCAAUUAAUGCUCCUUUAGUUGGAUCUUUGAAGACCGAGGUCAAUUUUUUUUAUUAGGUAAGGGAAACGGGAUUUGGAAGCAAGGCAGCCAAAUUUGGUUGAGAUAUCAAUCAGCCAUGAUCUAACUGAACAGUAGAUCAGGGUGAGGGACUGAAUAGUCUCAUACUGUUCCCAUGUUCCUAUCUCAAAAUUAGAAUUUCUUAUCCUUAGCUUUUUUAUACUUCUGCAAUGUUUUUCACCUAACUUGGUGCUUUCUAAUGAUUACUUGCUGAUUUCCCCUGAUCAGGUCUUCCCUGCAAAAACUAUGAAUGUUGAUUCCCGAAUUUAGUUUGGAAAUAAACAACCAACAAGACACCAUUCCUCAUGCCUCUGGAACUAUUGGAGUUAAGACCAUAACUCAGUGUUGUCUGGAUGAUACACUUCAAUCUAGCUCGUGCACUGACAAUAAAAUAAAUAUCGCUUGCCAAAUAAUGCUGAUUGUUGGUGAGCUUUCUGCUGUUGUUCAUUUACUCAAUAUCCUCAUUAACUUAUAGUUUGUUUCAUUUAGGAUGUGAUACUACAAUUUAAUGCAUGAAAAUUCAUUGCUGUCUUUUCGUCUUUUAAAUAAAGGUAAAAUAAUAUUUUCUAUUCAUUUCAAGAGAAUAAGGUAUUGUAUAUAGUUGUGUAAAUAUUAUGGAUGAUUUUACUGGUCAGCUGUAAUUUAAAAGUGCAUUCAUUUCUUUUUCGUUUUACAGAAAUGUGACCGCAAUUGUGCCUUGUACUAUAAAAAUGCAUAAACUGUGAUAAACAACAGUAAAUGCAUAUAUGUUUUGUGACUUGAUAUAAGACUUGUAUAUUCUGCUGCUAACUCAUUAUUAUAUUGCAAAUUCAAAUAAUUUUAACCGCUUCUAAAUGUGGCAGUGCUUGUAAACUAUUGUCCAUGCAUUUUUUAAAAUUUGCCCUUUAAUCUGUGUGCAAUUGUCGAGAAAAUAAAAUCAAAUUUUCAUUAUUUUUA